AUGAGAGCAACGAGGAUAAUACUCGAGCAUGUGCAUACACCCAGGAUCAAGUUCCUGGGAAGGAGAGUGUGGAGCAAAGGUGAGGAGAUUAUCGAUGAUAAACCAGAACCACCACAUCCUCAUCCCGAUGCGCCAAAGGAUUUUAAGGAUAACUUUGCUUCGUUUGUACAGGCACGUGAAAACUACACACAGCCAACGCCAUCCGCACCCAACACUUACACUAAUUUCUGGGAUUUGCCUCAACGAUUCCACAAGAUUAAGUUCGCUCCUUACAGCGAGUACGAGAUGGAGGCUAUUGAGUCCGGCGGUGCUUCGGUUUACUAA